UCCAUUCAUUUCCUUAUUCUUUUCUCUUUCUUUUUGGUUUUGGUUUUGGUUUUGGUUUUUCUUGUUUACAUUUAAAUUCUAUUUUCUUAUUCUGGUCAUGUCAAACACGUCAAUUUCGCCCACAGUCAUGCUCGGCGUGCUGCGGCAGCUGCCCCAUAUGUCAGGGAAAAUCGUCGAUGACACGCGGCACGAAAAAGUGCUCUCCUACAUGCAGCUCUUUCUUUCCACCUCACCGAAUGCAGCUGCGCACCUUCUCAGCUGGGACUUUCUCACGACUCUCGGCCAAUGCCUAAACAGCGCCUCGGACCCGCGCAUAUCCUCUGUGUCCAUCCGCUUUCUCGCCGACGCGCUCGCCCUGUGCCCACAGGACCUCUGGUCCUCCGUGCAGGGGCAUCCUGUGGUGGUUCCGUGGGUGGUGGACAAUCUCGAUAGCCAGCAUGCGCUGGUGCGGCUGAGCUGCCUGUACUUUAUGCGCAAAACCGUACCUGCGUUGUGGAGGAUGAGGGGUCAGCAGGAGCGAGAGUGUGCGCGGAAGCUGAUGGAGAGCGCUGAUCUGGGCCGCUUGUUGGUGCGCAGACUCUUGGACACAAGUUUCUUUGUUGUCGCCGAAGCCUGCCAGCUGCUCUGCGCUGUCAGCUGGCGCGACCCAGGGGAACAGAGUGCGGGCGGAGUGCAGGGGGAGUGGGUAGCUGUGGUCGAGCGGAUGCUGCGCAAGCAGUACGCCUUGCAGCGGGCCGCACAUAAAACCGCCGUUCUAUCUGCGCUGACCGCUCUGUACGCACAUACGCGGCCGGAAGUGCGGCUACGCGCGCUGGAAGUGGCAGGGCUUGUGGCACUGAGGCCGUAUUUGUUUGACCCCGAUCGGCUUGUGCGCGACCGCGCCCUGGACGUGUUUGAGGCGGCUGUGCGCGAGCUGCCUCACGACGGUGGCAGCAGUGUUGAGCAGAGUAUGCGGGUGCUGGAGGAAGGCACACUUGCAGAGGGAGGUAGUGGUGUUGCGCUGCUUGUGCGGCUGCGUGCGCUAGCUGCGCUUGUGCGUGCUGUCCCCCUGAAUCCACAAUUGCGCGAGCGGGAAUCCGAAGCAUGCUUGCAUGUUUCCCAAUGGGCGCUCUCGCUCCUCUGCCAAUUGCACGUUCCGGCAUCGAGCUUGCCUGCAUGCGACAGCAGCAGCAGUGAGAUUCCGGAUGAUGCAGCCGCCGGGUAUUUGCAAGCCCUGGGCGCCGAGGCACUGCGCAAGGGCAGUCGUUCUGUGUCCUGCGAUUUAGCGCGCAUCGUGCGCGAGCACAGCCGGUACUCUGCAGACACGGCGAUUCUGGCACAGCUUGAGUCGCUGCUUUCGCUGCCGACAGUCAACAAAUGGCCGCAGCUGCUGCAUCUGACGCUCGAGUGCCUCGUCUGCUCCUUGCGCCACGCAGCCACCCAAGAGAACAUCCACUGGGCGGAUGCCCAGCACCUGGAUACUCUGCCGCGGCUGAUUUCCACAUUUGCCAUUCGCGCGCCCGGCCUCCAAAUGCUGCUCGCCCUGGCCACUCAGGUGCUCCUUUUAGGCGAGCCCUCUGUGGACUUUUCCCGGCUGCUUGUUCGCGCUUUGGGCGCGAGAAUGGCGGAUGUCGAGUGGGAGCCGCGCGACACUGUGCUGGAGUUUCUCGCUGGGAUUACCCGCCAGAUGCAAUGGUCUAGGUGCGCCCCUGUUUGGGCUGCGCUGCUGGAGGAUGUCGUGGGUGCAAUGGGGGAUGCUGAGGAGUAUGUGCGCGCGGCGGCGGCCCAUGCACUGGUUGCUGCGUUGGAACACGCGGAUCAGAAGACAAGACGCAUGAUCGUGAGGCAUCCUGGAAUGGCUGCCGAGGCGUUAGCAUCUUUGUUGGAUGACUCUGAAGCAUUUGUCAAGCGCGCCGGCCUGGAUCUUGUCACUGCGCUGGGAAAGACCGCUGCAUCUGCUGCUGCUGAUUCUGAUUCGGACUCUGAUUCUGAUCCUGAUCGUGGUGAGAUCGAGGGUAAUGCGUCGUGGCUGUGCUGCUUGACCCAUCGCAAACUCUACUUGCUCUCAGAUCAUCCUGAUUUUGAAGUGCGCUUGCGGUGUGCGAGCCUUUUAGCAUUGUUGUUGUUGAUUGUGCCACAGUAUGGGUGUAAUAUGGCCGCCCUGGUUGAUGAUGAACUGCAGUGUGGUUCGCUGUUGCUGGAUUUGUGUCGUGAUCCGUCAAGAUAUGUCAGGAGAGUAUGUCUGGACAGCUUGAAAGAAAUGCUACAGCAGCAAAGGAAUGCGGACAUUUCUGGUGGUUUUCCGUACAUAGGGAAAGAGGACAAGAAGGAGAAUGGCGAUGCUGGUGGUGACGGCGAGAGGAAAAAGAGGGCCGGUGGGGGUAAGACCAAAGAGGACGGAAGGAGCGAGAAGAGCGGGUUUUGGAAGAAACUGGCGGAUAUUGACUUUGCUAGGCUGGAGGAAGGACUUUCGGCAGAGCAUUUGUAUCAGGAGGCCCUGGAUACACAGGUCGAAAAGGAGCUGAUGCGGGAGGAAGGUGAUGUUAACCAUGGGAAUAAUAUUUUAGACUGCUAUUAAAAAUAUUGUACGUUUUAAUAUCCUGUUUAUCUUGGUUUGUGCACAGCCUCCAAUUCCGUUAAUAUGCAGGUACUUGACCUAAUGAAUUUCUACUUCAAAUAAUAAAAGUAGUUGGGCAAUCCUUAAUCGAAUAUUUUUGUUGUAAUAAUACCAA